AUGAAGACAAAAUUUAAAAACGAAACAACAAAGUCGUACUUCCGGAGACAACUUCAAAGACAAAAGGACAAGCAGUUUUACGAAACACCAAAGUCGUACUUCCAAAGACAAGAAUCUUUAUUUCGAGUCGAAACACCAAAGUCGUAUUUCCAAAGACAACUUCAAAGACAAAAGGACAAGCAGUUUUACGAUUCAAUUUUGAAAAAAACUUUAUACUCACCUGAAGAUAUAUUUCGAGUCGAAACACCAAAUACAUUUGAUGCUAGACAAUACAUAUACUCCAGAAAACGUAAAUCUCGUUGUGUUCCUAAUUCAUCCAAUUUUCUAGAGGCGGUGCAACUUGUUGAAGAAGUGCAUAUUAAAAAAGAAAAUGAUAAAUGGGAUGAUAUAUUACAAAUGGCUGACGAAUGGACUAAUAGAUUAUUACCUGACUUUUUAAUUGAUAAACGGGAUGAAAUAACUGACGAAUGGGCUAAUAGAUUAUCACAUAACUUUUUAUCCGAUUACGAAAUUGAUGAUUCUUUAUAUAAACAUGAUACGUCAGAUAACUAUG